AUGUCACCACUUGUACUAGUUUUGUGCCUUACUCUUCCAGUGUUGUUGUUCUUCUUCUUCCAAUACAAUAGAGCUUUCAAGAACCCACUCCUUCCACCUGGUCCUAGAGGCCUUCCCAUAAUAGGGAAUCUCCAUCAACUAGACAACUCUAAUCUUUACCUUCAGCUAUGGCAACUCUCAAAGAAGUACGGGCCUCUAUUUUCCCUUCAACUAGGUUUAAGGGCAGCCAUAGUUGUUUCCUCACCUAAAGUAGCCAAAGAGGCACUUAAAAACCAUGACGUUGUGUUUAGUGGAAGACCAAAAUUACUUGGCCAACAGAAACUCUCCUACAAUGGAAUAGACAUAUCAUUUUCCCCAUACGGUAAUUAUUGGAGGGAAAUCAGAAAACUUUGUGUUGUCCAUAUCCUUAGCUCCAGACGUGUCUCAAGCUUUUCCUCAAUAAGACACUUUGAGGUCAAGUACAUGAUAAAAAAAAUAUCUGGGCAUGCCUCAUCAUCAAAGGUUACAAAUUUGAAUGAAGUGCUGAUAUCCCUUACCAGUGGAAUUAUAUGUAGAACUGCUUUUGGGAGAAGGUAUGAAGAUGAAGGAACUGAGAGGAGUAGGUUCCAAGGGCUUCUCAACGAGUGUGAGGCCAUGAUGGGUGUCUUGUUUGUUUCAGAUUAUGUCCCAUUUCUGGGUUGGGUUGAUAAACUCAGGGGACUUAAUACACGUCUUGAAAAAUGUUUCAAGGAGUUGGAUAAGUUUUCUCAAGAGGUCAUUGACGAACACAUGGAUCCUAGUCGAAAGACUACGGAGGAAGAGGAUAUAAUUGACGUCUUACUUCAAAUAAAGAAGGAACGUUCGUUUUCCUCAGAUCUCACUGUUGAAAACAUCAAAGCAGUGUUCAUGGACUUGCUUAUAGCAGCAACGGAUACCACUGCAGCAGCAACACUUUGGAUAAUGACUGAAUUAGUAAAACACCCGAGAGUGAUGAAGGAAGUUCAAGAAGAAAUUAGAAGCCUGGCAGGUAAGAAAGAUAUGGUAGAAGAAGAUGAGAUUCAAAAGUUUCCCUAUUUUAAGGCUGUGAUAAAAGAGACAAUGAGAUUACACCCACCAGUGCCACUCCUGUUGCCAAGAGAGACAAAUGAAAAGUGCAUUAUAGAGGGUUAUGAAAUUGCAGCCAAGACAUUAGUAUAUGUGAAUGCUUGGGCUAUUCAUAGAGACCCUGAGACUUGGAAAGACCCAGAAGAGUUUUUACCUGAGAGGUUCUUAGACGGUACUAUAGAUUUUCGAGGGCAAGAUUUUGAGUUGAUUCCAUUUGGUUCUGGUCGUAGAAGUUGCCCUGGUAUUCUUAUGGCCAUUGCUUCAUUGGAUCUUAUACUUGCUAACCUUCUUUAUUUCUUUGAUUGGGAACUUCCUGAAGGGAUGACAAAGGAGGACAUUGAUACGGAAGUCUUGCCAGGACUUGCGCAGUACAAGAAGAACCCCCUUUGUGUUUUGGCUAGAUCAGUAAAAUGCAAAUGA